AUGAAGACCUCUCUGUCUCAGACUCUGUGUCCAGAGUGUGAUGAAGUCCUCUCUGUCUCAGACUCUGUGCGGCUGGUUGGAGGCUCUGGUCUCUGCUCUGGAUCACUGCAAAUAUGGGACCAGUCCUGGAUCUCGGUCUGUGAAGGGGCCUUGGACCUGCGGGGAGCAGAGGUGCUGUGCAGGGAGCUGGGCUGCAAUGCUCCUUCUGUCCUCCAGGGGGAGCUCUCUCCUCUGGGGCAGACGUUCCACUGUGAGGGCCAUGAGUCUGCUCUGAUGGACUGUCCCCGCUCCAGACCCAAGACCUGUCCCUCUGGACCCAGUGAGGACGUCAUCUGCUCAGGUGAGGGGCGGGGCUAA